AUGAGCUUCAACUUCACCGAUGUCAGUAAUAGGCGGUCGCAAGAUGAACACUACUCAGCACUCAGCAAGUACGUUACCAACAAUGCUACCCCAAUCUUAUUCAAAUAUGAUGAAUCAUUUGUUUCCCACCCUCUCACGUGGAAUGAUGGAUGUUACACCAGAUUCCUUCAAAUUACUAAUGCACAGUACCUUGUCUAUUGGAUGAAAAUUAACACAGAUACUAUGUAUUGUGAAGUAUACAGUCGACAAUCUGGAUUGGCCCCACAAGUCAAUCCCACGUUUGAACAGAGUAUGUUGCUUCACGUGGAAAUGCAUGUGCCGAGAUGUUAAUCAGCUGUGGUUUUAAGAGAA